UGGCAAGUGAGCCCCGAGGUCCUCGGGUGAGGGGCCCGGCUCUGCCCCAGCUGCUGUGCGAGCUCGGGAAGCCCCUGCCUCUUUCCGGGCUCUGGGCCUGUGCCUCACCUCCCGGGGCCAUCUGAGGUGCGAGGUGUCACCUCUCUGGUCUGCCGCAGGAUGGGCCUCUCUGCCGCGGCGCCGCUGUGGGGCCCCCCGGGGCUGCUGCUGACCAUCGCCCUGCACCCGGCUCUCUCCGGGCGCCCUCACCGGGACUACUGCGUCCUGGGCGCCGGGCCCGCCGGCCUGCAGAUGGCCUACUUCCUGCAGCGGGCCGGGAGGGACUACGCGGUGUUCGAAAGAGCCCCCGGGCCGGGCAGCUUCUUCACGCGUUACCCCCGCCACCGCAAGCUCAUCAGCAUCAACAAGCGGCACACGGGCAAGGCCAACGCCGAGUUCAACCUUCGCCACGACUGGAACUCUCUGCUCAGCCACGACCCCCGGCUGCUCUUCAGACACUACUCGCGUGCCUACUUCCCCGAUGCGGGCGACAUGGUGCGCUACCUGGGCGACUUCGCAGACAGGCUGGGGCUGCACGUGCUCUACGACACAGCCAUCACCCAUGUCACACUGGACAAAGAUCAGCAGGCCUGGAAUGGCCAUUACUUCACCCUGACCGACCAAAAGGGCCAGGCAUACCAGUGCAGUGUCCUUCUUGUAGCCACUGGUUUGUCAGUCCCCAACCAGGUUGAUUUCCCUGGCUCCGAACAUGUGGAGGGUUAUGAGUCUGUGUCUGUAGACCCUGAGGACUUUGUGGGUCAGAAUGUGCUGAUCCUGGGCCGUGGGAACUCCGCCUUUGAGACAGCAGAGAACAUCCUGGGUGUCACAAACUUCAUCCACAUGCUGAGCCGGUCCCGAGUCCGGCUCUCCUGGGCCACCCACUAUGUUGGAGACCUCAGAGCCAUCAACAAUGGCCUGCUGGACACCUACCAGCUCAAGUCCCUGGAUGGGCUGCUCGAGUCUGACCUCACGGAUCUGGCCAUCCUGAAGGACCACAAUGGCAAGUUCCAUGUCACCCUGAAGUUCUUUCUGGAGGAAGCCAACACCAACCAGAGCGCCGACUCCAUCACCCUCCCUCAGGACGACAAUGACAACUUUGCCAUGCGUGUGGCCUAUGACCGGGUCAUCCGCUGCCUGGGCUGGAACUUUGACUUCUCCAUUUUCAAUAUGUCCCUCAGACUCAACUCAGGGAGUGCGUUUGGCAAGAAGUACCCACUGAUCCGAGCUAGCUAUGAGUCCAAAGGCAGCCGGGGUCUCUUUAUCCUGGGUACCGCCAGCCACUCGGUGGACUACCGGAAAUCUGCUGGCGGCUUCAUCCAUGGAUUCCGAUACACAGUGCGUGCUGUUCACCGGCUCCUGGAGCACCGCCACCAUGGCCUUGCCUGGCCCUCCACCAUGCACCCCAUCACACAGCUGACCAACUCCAUCAUCCGGCGUGUGAACGAGGCUUCUGGCCUUUACCAGAUGUUUGGCGUGCUGGCUGAUGUCAUCCUGUUGAAGGAGAAUGCCACAGCAUUUGAGUACCUGGAGGAGUUCCCCAUACAGAUGCUGGCCCAGCUGGAGACCCUCACAGGAAGGAAGGCAAGGCAUGGGCUGUUCAUCAUCACUAUGGAGUAUGGCAAAAAUUUCUCUGGACCUGACAAGGACGUCUUCUUUUAUGACCGGUCUGUGGGGCACACAGAAGAUGCCUGGCAGUCUAACUUCCUCCAUCCUGUCAUCUACUACUACAGACACCUCCCCACCGAACAGGAGGUGAGGUUCCGCCCUGCACACUGGCCCCUGCCACGGCCUGCAGCCAUCCACCAUAUCGUGGAAGACUUCUUGACAGACUGGACUGCCCCAGUUGGGCACAUUCUACCUCUGAGGCGCUUCCUGGAGAACUGUUUGGACACCGAUUUGCGAAGCUUCUAUGCAGAGUCCUGUUUUCUGUUCGCCCUAACACACCAGAAGCUGCCACCCUUUUGCCAGCAGGGGUACAUGAGAAUGCAGGGGCUUGUGAGUACCGAGACCCUCCGGCAGCACGGUGUGGAGAGCAGGCUCCUGCGGGACUAUGCCACUGCAGACAGGCCCCUGAAGGACAGCAGCCAGCAGCCAGGUGAUCAUGAGCCAGUAGGUCACCACCUGGCUCCAGGAUCUCUGGUCCAGUCCCUUGACAGCAGCAAGGAGGAGCUCUGACUGUGGCCUGUUGGGAUGUGGGCACAGUGGCUGGGCUUCUCCCGCCCAGGCCCACAAUCAGCCCUCUUUCCCCGCAGCCUCAUGAUGCCCCCGAUGUCUGACUGCCAAACCACUCAGAUCAUUGUAGUGACUGGACCAAAGCAACACGGAGUGUGCACGAGGCCUGAAA